AUGAAAAGUGAAUUUGAUGCAUUCUUGAAUAAUCAGACAUGGGAAUUGGCACCACAUGACCCCACAAAAAAUAUUGUUUCUUGCAAGAGGUUAUACAGGUUGAAGAGAAAAGCUGAUGGGACAAUCGAUCGCUACAAGGCUCGUUCUGUUGCAAAGGGAUUUACACAACGCCCUGGAAUUGACUUUCACUCUAUGUUUAGUUCGGUUGUCAAACCCACUACUGUGCGCUUGGCUAUAUAUCAUAUUGUUGACCGUUUUUCCAUUAAGGAUCUCGGAAACCUUAACUUUUUUCUCGGAGUUGAGGUGCUUCGUGUUGCAGAUGGAAUUACUCUAUCACAAUCCAAUUACAUCAAUGAAAUCCUCUCUGAAGACAAUAUGAAAGACUGCU